CUGUGAAGAGGAACAACUCUACUACAAGCAUUUACGCGCGCGUCGCGUUCAGACGUGCUACACGCAAAACGCUCUCUUUGACGCGAAAUUCGAAAAACGAACUAUGAAAUAAAAAAAAAAGUUUUUAAUAUUUACAAGAAAAUUAAUGCUAACAACAUCUGGCUGAAUGUUAGCUUUGAUAGAAAAAUAAAAAUGGCGAGUGAAAAAAUAUUUCGCGCGUUUUUUAUUUUCUGUUUAUUUUCGUUGACAAAAGGAAAUAUAUUGGUGGACGAAGAAUGUUUAAAUUAUACAGUGUAUCCAGUGCAAUAUGAACUGAAUAUUUACCCUUAUAUUUAUCCCCACCGUGCUUACUAUGACUGUGAAUUAACAAUUACCAUUAUAGCUAAUGCUCCUAACGUGAACGUGAUUGAGUUAGACGCGAAGGAUUUAGAAUUUGAAGGUGGCUCGAUAAGGGUUUAUGAUGGACCGCGCGACAUAAUUAAUGUUGCCAGGCCAUUCGAAUACAAUUAUUUAACGAGCAAGCUACACAUUUAUUUAAAUGAGCCACUGAAAGUGUAUAAUGUGAAUGACAGACAUUUUUACUUUAUCAAAAUAUCUUUUAGAAAACAAGUGAAUAAAGACAGUUCGGGUGUGUUUUUGGCUAAAUAUUACGACGAAAGGACUGAACAAGAUAAAUACCUAUUUACAACAAGAUUAUCUCCGAACAAAGCGAAGUACUUCUUCCCAUGCUUCGAGAACCCUCGAUUUGAAGCAGUAUACAAGUUCAAGGUGUACAUCGUGAAACAACUUCCAGAAUUGCAAUAUACCAACACGAGUCUUGUUAUAGCUGAAGAACAGAGAAGAGAUGAGGUGAAAGGCGACUACAUAGUAGUUGACUAUAUACCAUCACCUCAAGUUGGUCUACAUCAGGUUGGAUUCCAUUUCUCCCAGUUUGAGAGUAAUCGUGUUCAAGGUCGAAUUGUUAACGACACACUUAUCCUAUGGGCACCCAAAGAUGAAUUAAGAGACUACCAGUUUAUUCACAAUUAUGGCAUAACAAUAAUUAAUCUUAUACAUGAAUAUUCAAAGGAAAAUCGUCCUUUAGUACAAGGGCCGAUUAACUUGAUAGCAGUUCCGGCAGACAUCAACGGAUACGAAAUUGGCAGUUGGAAUCUUCUUACUAAUGGAGAACACCGACUCGCAAAAAUAGACCAGUUCACAAGCAUUAAGCAGAUUGAGUAUAUGACUUUCGAAUUGGCACAGCAGCUUAGCAGGAUAUGGCUGGGCAACCCUGGAGAACUGGAAAGAACGAGAUGGAAAGAAGAGUGGUUCAAAGAAGGAAUGGCUACAUACUUGGCUUAUUAUUUCUUGACUCAAUACAACCAUGGUAUCAUGACACCAGAAAGACGACGUCUAGCCGCCUAUGGUCUUCAAAUGAAGCACAAAGCUAUGACCGUGGACUGGCACCGAACCACACCAGCUUUAGAGACCUUCAAUACCUCAUUGGCAAUAGAGAUACCUCCAAGGUAUAAGGAGUUGGUGACGAUGAAGACUGGUGCGAUAUUGUGGAUGCUUGAAAAUUGGGUGGAAUCUGAUAAAUUCCAUUAUGCGUUGGUGAAUUAUAUUAAAUCAAGGAGAGGAAAAUACAUAUCUCUGCAAGAUUUCACCACAACAUUAGACCAUGAUACAAUUGAGUGCCUCCACCAGUUCUUCAACGGUUCUACUGCGUCCCGUAUCCUGGGUUCAUGGUUCAGACGGAGAGGAUACCCAGUAAUCAACGUUCAAGUAUUGAGAGAUCGCUCACCGAAUGCUGUACAACUAAAACAGAGACAGUUCAGCUUCAACCGCGAAAACCGUGAGGUCACAGACUUCCUAAUCCCAAUAUCAUACGUCGUUGAAAAUAACCAGAACUGCUACAACUGCUACCGUCCUAGGUUCACUAUCGGUGCCCAGACUUACACCUUCGGAGAGAUCUUGAAUGAUGGAUGGAUAAUCCUUAACAGACAAGGAUCGGGAUACUAUCGGGUCAACUACGAUCCAGUUACUUGGAGACUGAUUGCCAAAACCCUGAAGGAAAAUAUGAUGUCAAUAGAUGAACUAAACAGAGCUCAAAUUGUAAACGACGUAUUUGCUCUUUAUGUGGCCGGUGAUUUAGACAUGGAUCUAGCCAUGGAAAUUUUGAGUUAUCUGGACAAGGAACGUAGUCCUGUAGUUUGGGAGUCAGUGAUGUCUGGGUACGAUCUGUUAAUAAUUGAGGGGGCUGCUUGUAAUAUGACCAGACAUUUGUAUUGGGAAUGGGAGAGCUUUAUGGUCAAAAAGAUAACACCAAUCUACACGCAGCUAGUGAAGAGCAAGGACAAUCAGUACUUGAUGAGGCUAUUCAGGAGUUCUGUGGUGGAACUGGCUUGUUCACUCAACUAUGAACCUUGUCACUAUCACGUUAAAGACCUGUAUAUUGAAGACACAAGACACCAGCACAACCUUUUCCCCGACUGUCGGAUGUCAUACUUCUUCAAAGUUGCAAACGAGACAUCGAUGAAAACGUUUUUACGCAAACUCAAUCAAAUCGAGCUGGAUGACAAAAAUACAGCUGACAAGAAAGUACGCGAGAGGAAUAGAUUUUUCGCCAAAACUCCAAUCGGGGAGCCGAGACCAAUGCCCAUAGCAAUGUCUACUACUACAGAAAAGGUAUUAUUAUAUACAAUUUAUGACAUCGUUUAUGAUUUAGAUCGUGUUUACCCAAAGAUUAAUGUGCCCGUUUCUCAUGGAUAAGGGUGUAUGUCGAAACCAGGAAAGUAUCAAUGUGUCUUUUUGCGAGGUAUAUGUACUUUCUAUAAUUACUAAGACACUUCUGAUACGGUGAACAAAAACAUCGUGAGGAAACCUGGACUUAUUGCCAAUUCGUCUUGAGCAAACGUGGCGUUAGUAAAUUAGCAAGUCAAUAUGUUCAAGAUAUUACAUUGAUGGAUUGAUGAAAACAUUUUAAUGCACUGAAAAGUCGAUUUUUUUUUCAUUUUUAAAAUGUACUGUUUAAUAAUAAAGCCCUUUUAUUCCGAACCACAUUGAAAAAACAAAACAAUACAGUAUUUAAUAAUUUAUAGUAUGUCACGCAAUUAGGCGUGCCCUUUUGGCAUAGGCCUCCUCCAGCUCCCUUCAUUGAGCUCGAUCCUCCGCGACUCUGGUCCAAAAUGGUCCCAGGGUUAUCCGAAUAUCGUCACUCCAUCUGCUCUUUGGACGCCCUGGUUUUCUGGUGUUUUCUCUAGGAUACCAAAGAGUCACCUGUUGGCUCCACUUGUUUAAAUUGCAGCGCAACAUGUGUCCUGUCCAGCUCCAUUUUAGAUCCUCUAUUCGAGAUAUUAUAUCCGUAACUUUUGUCUCAAAAUGUACUGUAAUGUAAUACAAUGAAUAUAACGAUUAAUUUAUUUCACAGGCCAUUGAAACUGUCACGGGGAAGUUGCAAACGGUUGGAGGUUCAUCAUGUGUGAAGUAUUCGUUGUAUGUUAUAGUUAUGGCAAUGUUAAUUAAUUUAUUCACACGAUAACUCUUUGCUGGAGUCUGUGUUCCCUGGGUGCAAGGCCCGAGUGAAUAGGUUGCAUAGUAGGCUCCAUCGUAGGUCGCAUCAUUGCUUGCCAUCAGGCGUGAUAGCGACCAAAUGCCUUGUCAUUACGAAAAAAAAAAAUAAUAAUAAUAUGAUUAACACACCAGCCACCGUCUCUUUUAUAAAAUCACAGUGAACUUGUUAAUUUUUUAGUUAUUUAUUUUAGUAAGAAAAGUAGGAUUAUUUUUUAUAAUAAUUUUACAAUAAGAUUAUUUGUACUCUCUACAGCAGUUUCAUCUAUUGGUUUUAAUUUUUUUUAAUACUUUAAAUUUUUUAAAUAUUUUCCUAAAAAAACUAUCAAAAGUAAAAGUAAAAAGUACGUGUAUUAUAAUAUGUAUUUCACUUUAACCUUUUUCACACACAACACAUUCCUUCUAGUUUUGUAUUAUGAAAAGAUAAAAUAUAUUUACACUGCAAUGGUUAUUUAUUGUCUAAUAUUAAACACCAUAAUUCUAGUCAUAAUUGUUAUUAGGAAGUUUAAAUUUAACAUUUUCAUUCUUAUAUUAAUUAAGCUUUCUGAAAUAAUAUUUGCAACGUGUACAUACUACAAUAUAUUUAAUUGUAUUUUAGAAUUUUAAUAUUUAAUAGUGAAUUUUAAUUCAAAUAAACUUUCAAUUUAUUUAUAUAAAUAAAAUUAAGGAUAUUUAAAUAACUGGAUUUU